UGAAAGGCCCUCUUUCUUCCUUUCAUUGCUCUAGUGGGUGUUGUUUGUUUGGUCUUCUAUCCUUUUUCUCUCUUUCUUUGCUCGAGAAAUAAGAGAAAAAUUGCUUCCCUGAAAAAAUAGUUGUGGUUUCUUUACCGAUUUCCUUUAUUUACUCUGCUGGGUUCUUUUAGAUCCAUCAACCUCUUUCAUUCCCGUCCGGUAGGGCUUAAUUGUAACUUAUAAGGUAAAUUCAUAGAAGCCCUAAUGCAGGGGCAGAGGGGUACCAUUGGUUCCUUGCCUGAGACCUUAAACUUUGACCAUGGAUCGACAUCAAGUAAUGCCGCAAUAGAUCAGCAACUGUGUUGGAAUAACAUUCGAAACCCUGUUGAAAACCGAUUACCGGAUUGUAUGAUGUCACCUGAUGAGGCAAACAUCACAUAUGUGAAUUCUUAUAGCCGGGAACCGCAAAACUUGAGUAGAUGGAACCUAAGUGAACCCAGCUCUAGUGGUGCACGGAAUGAGGUCAACCCUAUUGAACGGAAAAUGGACAAUGGGUGGUCUUCUUCAAUGAGUUCUUGUGCUAGUGGUGGUCCAAGACUUGAAGAACCUUGGUAUGACCAAAAUUCUCUGUUUGUCCAAAGUUCCAAUUCUAGCUCAGUUCCCCAGAAUUUCAACUUAAAUGCUGGUUUGAUGGGUCAUGGUGGCGAUAAUUUUCAAGCUACAGAACAUUCUAAUCUGAACAAGUCUAGUGGAUCUGGGAAUGAGCGGAUUUCACCUGCUACUGGUUCUGAAUCAUUUGCCUUUCCUUCUGGAAGUGGUGGAUUCUCUGUGGAAGAUAAUGAUGGCAGGCCAGGUUCUUCAUUUGAUGGUCGCCGUGCUUCCUGCAAAAGAAAGGCUCUCGAAGGAACUGUCGGGCAGUCUUCCAUGAGUGGAAGUUCUAGCCACCUGCAUUGUGCAGAUGGUAGUGCAUGGCCCGCUGUUCCUGCUUAUGCUAGUGCCGGUAGCAGUUUAAGUAUAUCUACUCUAGCAGAACAGGCAAACCCGACACUUGGAUUAGGUUUAAGAGGUUCAGCUCCUGACAGCAUUCCUGAUCCAACUGUGAGGUCAAGUGCAGAGAGUUCCCAUAGAAAUUUCCGUAUGAGAAUAAAUCCUUCAAGUCAACAAGAAUCUGUGAUGCCUGCAUUGUUCCCAACAGGCAAUGCUGCCAUGCAAUCUGUUGUUUCAUCUUCCCAUCACUUUUCAAGGCUUGUUUCAGCUGAUCAUUCUUUGGAUUUGAGGUCAACACCAGUAGUAGAUACUGGAAGUCCCCCAAAUCAGAAUAUUGUAAUUCAUGUUCCAACUGUGCAACCGAAUGUGCAGCCAUUUAGGUGGAAUGGAGGUUCUGCACCAAGGACUUCUAGUUCAUCAAAUUCUAAUGUUUCUGGAGAUAGAGAUGCUGCACCACGUGAAGAACAGAGGUCAAGAAGCAUAAGUAGAAAUAUAUUGGAUCAUCCUAUGUUUAUAUCUCCUGCUCCAGAGUUGAGAGGUUUGGCUCGAAUCCCUAGAAAUCGAAAUUUAAGUGGUGGAAAUGUAAGUUUUCCGGGAAAUGUUGCUUCUACAUCCCACACUGUCUCAAGUUCAGGCGCCAAUCAAUCAUCUGUUCCUAAUCCUACCUGGGUUCCUCCUCCUAAUUCCUCUUCACACUAUCCAAGGAGAUUUUCUGAACUUGUUCGUCGAUCAUUGCUAUCUUCCCUUGAUCCUGAAUCUGGAGGCCAGAGCAGUAAUCAUUCUUCACAUCCAUCUGGACCUCCUGCUUCCUCAGAGGAGAUGGUGCUUUCAGCUGGAGUUGUUAACCCAGGGCAUCAACGUCCAUACCCUAGGUCAGUGUCAUGGUUGGAGAGACAAGGUGAUACUGUUCUUGGAAUUCCUCACUCAUUACGAACUUUGGUUGCUGCCAGUGAAGGAAGAAGCAGGCUCUUUGUGUCUGAGAUUCGCAAUGUAUUGGAUCUCAUGCGUAGGGGUGAGGGCUUGCAUUUUGAGGAUGUUAUGAUCGUUGAUCCUUCAGGACUUUUAGGGGUAGCUGAUUUCCAUGAUCGGCAUAGGGAUAUGCGCCUUGAUGUUGAUAAUAUGUCAUAUGAGGAGUUAUUGGCUCUGGAAGAGCGCAUUGGUAAUGUGAGCACUGGAUUGAGUGAGGAAACUAUACUAAAGCAUCUGAAACAGCAAAAAUGCUUUAUUGCUCCUGGAACUGAGCUGGAGGCAGAACCAUGUUGUGUUUGUCAGGAGGAAUAUAAGGACGGAGAAGAUCUUGCUACACUCGAAUGUGGACACGAUUUUCACACCGAUUGUAUUAAACAAUGGCUGACGCACAAAAAUUUGUGCCCCAUAUGUAAAACAACAGGUCUGACUACAUAAGCAAGAUCCAUGGUUUUCAGGCAUUGAGAAAAGAUGGUUUGUCCCUGAAAAUUUGUUGCAUUUGUUCUUCAACGACUCAAAGCACUUUAGCUAGCAAGGCAGGUGUAACCGUUCAUUCCCAUUCUCCCAUGACAUCCCUCAAGGAGUUGUCAUUGGUACUUUUUUACUGGAGAUUCUAUGAUCCAUAAAACAUUAUGGGUGGAUAUCAAGAUAUUCGAAGCACUAAGGAAAAAAAAAAAAAAAGCUAGUGGUUUCAUUUUUACAUUUAUUUAAUGAACAAAAAUUAGUUUUACUUAUGAAAUUUGAGCCCAUUGGCUUAUAUAGAUUAUUGAGAAUUUCUUUACAUUUAUUUAGAUUUUCCCUUUAAUUUGAAAAAACAAUGUUACUUUUGGCAGAGCUGAGGGUGAUGCCUAUUUACCAGUUUCUCUUGUAUGGUUUUGUUUCUGUGAUCUGCCAAUGAUCCUUUCAAGAAAAUUUCCAGUGAACC